UAGAGUUCUGGAAAAUAAGUAAAAAUCUAUUAGAGAAAGAAUAUAUUAUUAUAGUUAAAAGAAGUAGAAAAGAAGAAUUAGAUAAUAAAUUUAAUAAAGAAGAAUUAAUAGAUCAAAUAUAUGUAUAUUCUAAAAUUAAGAAAGAAACUUCUAAAGAUAAUAAGAGAAUAAGUA